GUUUCCUCUGCAGCUACAUAGGCUGUCAGGCAGCCUAGGAUGGAGCCCUCCUCAGAAGACCCCCACCUCUGCUGGACCACCCGGCUCCUGGGACUCACCAGCCUCCUCCUCAGCACCUGCGGCACAGUGGUCCAGAGUUCUGGAAAAUAUGUUUCUGAAGUUCAGGAUUCUGGAUUUGUUCCCAUGCAGGGGAUUCAAGGAGGUUCUGUGUUGUUUCAUAUAGUCAAGAAGCAAGAAGCUGACCCAGAGGAGGUCUCAUGGGGCUUUGGCCCUGAGUUUAACUACAGAGUCUUCAUGCGAGUCCACCGUGGGGCAGACACCCCAACCUGGAUCAGCCUCCAGGACAAGUACCAGCAGAGGGUCCAUGUGCCCAAUGUGACUUCCCUGAGGAUUGAGAACCUGACCCCAGAGGACAGUGGGCAGUACAGGGCUCGAGCCAGCUUCACUGGAGGAAUAGAAUUUAACCAGGUUUUCCUCCUCACUGUCUAUGAGCCCGUGAUCCUUCCUGAGAUUCUGGUCAAGUCAUCAUUCAUCACACCAGGCUGGUGCAAUGUCACCCUGGAGUGCAGGGACCCAGGGAACAGAGAGGACCUGAAGGUGACCUGGGAGAGCGAGGGCCUUCCCAGGGAGCUGGAGUGGAGUGGAACACCAGGACCAGCCCCCAGCUCCUGGAGCCUGGCUGUGAACCUGUCCCUGAGCCAGCCUAAUGCCAGCCUCACCUGUGUGGUCAGCAACCAUGUGGACAAGAAAACUGCCUCUGUAGACUUUGGGAAAAUCUGUUUCCCUGGUUCACAAGAACAGACCAUUGCUGGUCCCCUUGAAGGCAUCCUAUGGGCUGUUGUGGCUGUGCUAUUCUUCCUGGGAACUGGACUGUACUUUUGGAAGACAUAUAAGAAGAAAAGGAACACAGAGACUGGAAGAGGCAGGUUGCACUUCUCUUUCAUCCUCAGAUAACUCCUCUCUUCCACUGAAACCCUUUCUUCUUCACUUUGCUGCUCAGAGAUUGCCCUUGCAAAGGGGCUGGUGUGUGUGAUCAUGGCAUUGGGGUCAUAACCAUGGAGCUGGGCACAGGUUUUCAAGACUGAGAUUCAAGCUCCACUCUGUGUAUGUGUGUGACUCAGGAGCAGCGUUGCAGGAGGAUGACAGGAACCAAGAUGAUGGCAACUGGGCAGAGCAGCGCCAGGAAGAGUAUCAAGAAGGCAUGUACCAGAGUAUCAGUGCACAAUAUCUGGAACAAGAGUUGCCUCUCAACACUGUCUACUCUGCAGUCCAGAACAUACCUGCGAGAGUAUGAAGAUAAUAUAAUUGGAGGAAACAGAGGAAUCUUGGGACACUUUCACUUUGAUGCUGACAUCCUUCAGAUACCUGCUUGAAUUCUGGUUCAGCUCUGGCUGCUCCUGGUCUUUUACUCUGACCUUUGUGAUCUCAGCUCAACAAGAGAUGGAGCUGGAAUUUCAGAGCCGAUAAUGGACCAAGUUUUAUCCUGGGCACUCUACAAAUAUUAUCUCUUCUAAUUCUCACAAGGAACCUCUAGGGUAGGUAUUAUGUUCUGUAUUUUAUAGGAUAGUAAAUAUUAUUCCCAAGCUGUUGGUGGCAGAUGAAAACCUUAAAUUCAACACUGAGUGAAUCCAGAUUUCUCAUAUCACCCUUCUUUACAUGGGCACUGAACCCUGAAAUAUUGGCUGGGAAUAUCCUUCAUUUGUUCCUCUCCCAAAGACCUAGCCUCUGAUGCUGGUGCUGCAAUAUGGACUGAUUUCAUUGCAGAAUCAUCUGGUGGCUAAAGAGGUGUAACCCCUUAAGUGGGCAAUGGGGACUCGGUAUGCAGGAGACAUGGAAAGAGGGACCUUGACAGUUUAGAGGAAACAUUCUGAGAGGAAUGCUUCUCAUUCUUGGGUCUUGUAAGAGUUCUUCCUCUCUUUACAAGAUGUGUUGUGGGUUUCAGCAGCACAGUCUUCAAACCAGCUUCACUUACAUUGUUAUUCAAAAGUUCACUCAAUAGGUUUUACAUAAGUUUUUCAUUUAAACAUUCAAUGAUUCUGUGAGGCAGAAAUGUCCACUGCACAGGUGGAAAACUAAAACUUACAGAUGUUAAACACCACAGUUGAGCUCCUCAAGUAAAGUGAUAUGCCUGAUUUAGGUUUACAGAGGAUCACAGUUUCCCUAAUUUUGACUCUUAUUUCCUCCAUUAUUCCAGACACCCAACCAAUCAUUAUCUUCCAUUGGGUUAUCCUUCAAAAUGGUUUUUGUAGUCCACUCUCCUCUCAUUCUUUUAUUCUUAUUUUCUGCCUAUAGAAAUAUUCUACCUGCAGUUUCAUCAUUUUCACAUUUCCACCAGCAAUAUAGGAGGAUUCCUGCACAUAACUAAUUUUUUGAUUAUAACUUUCCUAGUAUGUGUGUGAUGUAAUAUCUCAUUGUCAUUUUGAAUUGAAUUUCACUAAUAAUUAAUGAAGUUAGAAGAAGAUUGCUUCUUGACAGGAAAACUAUGAAAACCUAGAGAGUGUGUUAAAAAGCAAAGAUGUCAUGAUGGUGACACAGGUCCAUGUAACCAAGGCUAUGGUAUUUCAAGUAGUCAUGUACAGUUGUGAGAGCUGGGCAAUAGAGAAGGCUGAGUGCCAAAGAA